AUAGCACUAUUUAUACAAGAAUGUACGACGGUUCCGAAUUUAGUUAAGGAUCUUUAAAUGAAGAAGUGAAUCUUUAAAAGUUCAUAGGUUACAGUUGCUGAUAACAGGAAAAAACAAUGUCGAAUUGUUCGGUGCUGCAGUUGAUCGCGUUUUGCGCGUGUCCCGCACUGAUCCUGCAGCAUUGGGCGCCGGUCGGCGCUGCGAACAUCCUGGCCGUGCAGCCGAGCCCGGGACGGAGCCACUGGAACGUGAUGCGGGCCGUACUGCGAGCGCUGACUGACCGUGGUCACACAGUCACCGUGUUUACGCCGUUCGUGGACGGCGACCGGGAAGGCUACACUGAGGUGGACGUGUCCAGGCAAAUGAAGGCGCGCGUGGGCCUAAACACCACGUUCCUGUUCGAGACGUUCGGCACCACUCGAAAGUUGAUGACGAACAUGAUGCGGGCCACGCGGUCGGGAUGCGAUAUGAUCUACAAACAACGACACAUGGUGGACAUCUUGGCGAACGGGGUAGCGGCGCGACGAUUCGAUCUGGUCGUCACCGAACCUCUAGUGUCCGAGUGCGUGGCGUACGUGGCCACCGCGCUCCGCGUGCCCCUGCUGUACGUGGUCCCGCCGCCGAUCGUCACGUACCUGGAACAUUCGUUGACCGGCCACGUAUCAAACCCGGCGGCUGUCGGCCACGUGCUGUCUCGCCGAGGCGUGCCCAAAACGUUCGCCGAGCGUCUUGCCAACGCGGCGCUGACGGUGUACUGUUCGACGCUAACGUGGUACGCCGAAUGGCAGCUACGGUGGGCUGACCCGAGACCGUACGACGCGGUGGACCUGGUCAGACCGUCGCUGAUUUUCAGCAACACGCACUUCAUCACCGAACUGGCUCGGCCGUUCUCGCCGGACGUCGUCCAAAUUGGUGGAAUACAUCUGACCACGCCCAAACAGUUACCGAAUGACAUUUUGGAAUUCAUCGACGAUGCACCCCACGGGGUGAUCUACUUCACAUUCGGUUCCGUGGUAUCGAUGGCGUCGUUACCUGAAAACGUACUGAGAUCAUUACGAGAGGCACUCGCUCAGGUUCCGCAAAAGGUUUUGUGGAAAUACGAAGGUGAAAUGGAGGACAAACCAAAGAAUGUGAUGACGCGGAAAUGGUUUCCGCAACGGGACAUACUCAUGCAUCCCAAUUUGAAACUGUUUAUCAGUCAUGGAGGCAUAUCCGGAGUGUACGAAGCUGUUGACGCGGGAGUGCCCAUAAUCGGAUUUCCGUUUUUCUACGACCAACCGAGAAAUAUUGACAAUUUGGUCGACGCCGGAAUGGCGAUCUCUAUGGACCUGUUUUCUGUUACCAACGACACGGUUUUAAACGCCAUUUUGGCGAUAGUCAACGACGAUAGAUAUCAGAAAAACGCUAAAAUCGCUUCCCAACGGUUCAAAGAUCGACCCAUGUCACCCACAGAGUCCGUGGUUUACUGGACUGAGUAUGUUUUACGUCAUAAAGGAGCACCACAAUUAAAGUCUCACACUAUGAUUCUGACUUGGUAUCGAUUUUUUUUGGUUGAUGUAACUAGUGCAUUGUUGUUCCUCGCGUUUGUCGUUUUAUCCAUAAUUUAUUGUGGCCCAAAAAUUAUUAAUAAACGCAAUUUUAAAUACUUCUAUAUAGGCAGCGUCAAAGCAGUACGCGAAUAAAAUAAAAUUACACAAAUAAUAAUAAAUGAGUAUAGUAGCUAUUGUUCUUCCUCUCACCUAUUCAUUAGAUAUAAACUAUAUAUACGCACCUAAGUACUUUACUGAUGGUCAUUGCAUCGAAAUGUAUUAUAUUUAAUUAUAGCAUAUAUCAUAAACUA